AUGGAAGCCAACAAAGAGCAGCGGCAUCCAUAUGAGGAGCUUAGGAUUGUUCUCUUGGGGAAGACUGGAGUUGGGAAAAGUGCAGCUGGAAACACCAUUCUAGAUGAAAAAUAUUUCAAAGAGGAUUUUUCAUCUUUAUCCACAACAAAGGUUUGCUGGAAAGCUACAAAGAGCACAAGGGUUGGUGUUAUUCAUACACCAGGUUUGUUUGACCCCAGCUUUACUAUAGAGGAAAUGGUCAGCAGGAUUAAGCUCUCCAAUCCUCUUUCUGCUCCCGGUCCACACGUCUUCUUUCUGGUGCUUCGGCCUGGCCGAUUCACAAAAGAAGGCAAAGACACGGUCGACAUCUUUGGAGAAGAUGCAAAUAAGCAUAUCAUGAUUUUGUUUAGGCAUGGAGACGAGUUGAAGGGGAAAACUAUUGAAGAGUUUAUCACUGGAAAUCCUGAUUUGAAGAUGCUCUUUGAGAAAUGCCAGAAGCAAUACCAUGUUUUCAAUAAUGAAGCCAAUAUGCUGCAAGUUGAUCAGCUUUUAGAAAAAAUGCAUUAGGUGAUUUCUGGAAAUGGAGGACGCUUUUACACCAAUGAAAUGCUUGAGAAGGCAGAGAAUGGCACUGAGGAGAAAAGGCGAAUCUUGCUAGAAAAGAAAGAGCAGAGAAGCCGAGAACAGAUGCUGAAAACCAGCUUUGAAGCAGAGCCUCUGAAACAGGCUAUGACAGAGCUUUGGGAAAGACAUGAGAGAGAGGCCAGAGAAAAGGCUGAGAGAAACAACAGAUAUCUUCAAAUAAUUAUAGAGUUUCUGGCUGCUACUCUUGAAAAGUUCAUUAUGAGGAAACUUGGGCAAAAUCAAUAA